CUCGGGUGUGAGGGACGUCUUGUUUUGCUGUUUCCUCGCUGCUAUCACGAUGACCUGAUGAAUAUGAUACAGGGUGAUUGUUCCAAGGGAGAGGGAACCGGUUCCGAGUUAUGCAACAUAUCCUUAUUAUGUUAAUAUAUUUUAAUAUUGUAUAAUCAUCACCUGUACGAUAGAGCCCCGAGAAAAACUUCCGUCCUUGUAUGUUGUUAGCUUAUUUACUUUUUAUCGUUUUAUGAACAAGAAUAAAUAAAUUUCUUGUUGAAAGUCAACGAAACACAAUUACUAAAACACGAGGCCCCUCUCGGACGACUGUGACUUUCGAUUCGUUAUUUCUUAUAUAAAUAAAUAUAAUUUAAUCAUUAUACGACGGACAAUAAACUGAUAAUAGGAAGAUUGUCACUUAUUUUGCGUAAAAAGAUGAGAUGAGGUGACAACAGACCGUGGACCCGGAGUACCUUGGCCGAUGGUACCGGACGGUAUAUUAACAUAACUUAACAUAUAUUAUGUGUUUACAUAACAGAUGUAUUUAUAUAUUAUUAAAACAAGCGAUCGUUGAACGGGUCACAAAUACAACUACAACUGAGACAUUUCACUUGUAACGCUAAGGGUAGUUGUAAAAGAUAAACAUCUCGUAGACACGUUGUAGACCGCUACGGAGUCCUGGCUCUUACAUGAGCAUACAAUACAGUUAGCGUACAGUAUAUUGUAGAGAGAGGAAUAAUUAUAAGUCGAUAUACUAUAAAUAGAAAAUAUGAAAAAAUACUAUUUUAAGACAAACGUUUCAGUGAUACCGGUCAAUCCACGUGUUGUGGUUGUCGACUGGUCUCUGUCAUUAUAUAAAGUGGACGUCAGCGACCAGUUCUGUUUGUGUUCGAAAAUAACAUUUUUAUUUCCAUAUAAAAACAAAAGGAUUGUCUUUGACGACGGUCCCGAGGAGCGCCGAGGCGGUCCAAAUAUAGCACUCUAUAAAUAGAAACAUGGCCCUCCGCCCCCCGCAGCCCUCCGCCCUCUCCGGUUCGCCCCGGACUGACCUACUUUGGGAAUCUGGUCACUUUCGACGCAUUACCCGUGACCACCCCCCAUAAAUACUAUUUAUGUAUAAUAACACUCUUUCGCUAUUACGGAAAAACUACUGCACCGAUUAUCAAACAGUUAUCACCACUCGAUAGCGUGACUCUCGGGGAACGUUUUAGUAUAUAAUUUGUUAAGUUUUUGUAUUUACUUGUGUACAUUAACGAUAUUUGUUAAAAAUUUCGGGAAAACAUGAGCCAUCUGAGAGCUUUUAACGAAAACGCUGCCUAAAGCCUUUGAGAUAUAACAAAAUAAUAUAAGGUGGAAUUGUGUAUCUUAUAUAGGUCUACAGAAAAAUCCGCGGUAUAUGUCUAUACCUUAAGGAUAACAUACUAUAUCCAUUUUAUAACUUUUAAAAUUGACAUUCCUGAAGCUUAAAUUUUCAAAAUUAAAUAGGCCAUUUUAUAUUUUUUGUAAAGAAAGCGUGCGAAGCCGGGGCCGGAACGUAGUUUAAUAUAUAAGGCAGUUUAAAUGGUACUAUGAAAAACUGUUGUUGGUCCUGAUAAGUUUAAAGUGACCGUAGAAUACAAGAUCAUAAGUUUAUCUCUCCCAUCAAACUCCUCCAGGACGAGAGUUAUCAUCGAAGUCCUAGAUGGCCCACGAGAGUGCGAGCGGUGCGGAAGGAUCCCCGCAGCACACGCCGUCGCCGCCGCACGCCUCCCGCCUGCCCGACGCCAUCCACCACCAGAUCAUGCAGACUCAGAGGCCGAGAACGAACCAUAUAGCGGAGAGAGCGAAACAAACAUUAGAAAAUAAUUUCCUGCUGCAACUGAAAAAGCAGCAGCAGCUGCAGCAAGAAAUCUUGUUGCAGCACUUCCAGCAGCAACGGCAACAGCUUGCCGAACAGCACGAGCAACAGAUCAGACAUCACCUAAAGUUGUGGGAGCAGCAGAAGGCGAUGGAGGAGGCGGCGCUGAGGGAGGCCAGGGAGGCGAGGGAGGCGCGGGAGGCCAGGGAGAGACACGAGAGGGACCGCGUCGAGCUCAUGAGGAAAAAGGACAAGCACGAGCACAGCGCCAACGCCUCCACACAGGUCAAGCAGAAGUUACAGGAGUUCCUAAAGAAAAAACAAGCAGCCGCUAGCGCCAACGGCACCGUGCCCGGGUCGCCUUACAGGAACUGGGGUAUAGUGAAGUCUUCGUCCGGCGAGUCGAUCACUUCGACCAGUGCGGUGGCCGGCGUGCACCCCUACCGUCUGACGGCGGCGCCUCUUCCCCUAGCCCCCAACGCUGCAGCCCCGCAACCUUCGCCAGCCGACUUCCCGCUCCGGAAGACAGCCUCGGAGCCCAACAUGCUGAAGGUGAGGCUGAAGGCGCGCGUCAUCGAGCGGCGGGCCUCCCCGCUCGCCAGGCGACCUCUCAAGACCCGCAUCAAGCAUCGCAAUUGCGAGGGCGGCUCCCCCCGCGGCUCCCCGCCCGGCUCGCUAGCGGCGCCCAUCCGCGAGGAGGAGGAGGGCCGCGCCAACGAGCUUCUCUUUUCGUCGCCCUCUCUACCCAACAUCUCGCUAGGGCGACCGCACGCCGCUCCUCGUCACGUGCCGCCCGCACACGCCCCCCACGUCGGCCAGGUGCCCCCCGCCGUCCUACCGCCCGUGUCCGAGGCGGAGGCCUACAGCGGUGCGGCCGCCCUCGGCGCUCGUCUCGCCAAGCGACCGCUCGGGCGGACACACUCGGCGCCCCUGCCGCUGGGUGACCCCGCGUUGACUCCUCACACCCACCCUCACCCGCCUUCCGCGCAUCACUACCUGAGAGACCAGAUCCGUAAGACGGUGCUGACGCGGGCACACGAUGCGGCCGCGGCUCAGUUGCGGGAGGAGGAGGGCGAGGUCAUAGACCUGACGUCUCGACGCCCGCCCUCCCCGAGCGCUCCGCCCGCCCCCGGCCCAGCUCUCGGCGCCGCUCCGCUAGCCCGCGCGCUCAGCUCCCCGCUAGUGGGCGCUCGCCCUCCCGCCACCGGCCUCGCAUACGACGCGCUCAUGCUUAAACAUGGAUGCGCCUGCGGCGCCCAUGCGCCCACGCACCCCGAGCACGGCGGCCGGCUGCAGUCGGUGUGGGCACGACUGUGCGAGACGGGUUUGGCGGCGCGAACUGAGAGGACGCGCGCCCGCAAGGCCACGCUCGAAGAGCUACAGUCGGUGCACGGGGAGGCGCACGUCGCGGCGUGGGCAGGACGAGGUCGCCCGGGCGCCGGGGACGGGCGGGCGGUGCGGCUCGUCAGGCUCGCCUGUGGCGGUCUGGGGGUAGAUGCCGACACCGCCUUCAGCGACGCUCACACGCCGCCCGCCGCGAGACUCGCCGCCGGAGCGCUCAUAGACCUCGCCACACGGACCGCCACCAACGAGCUCAGGAACGGUUUCGCGAUAGUUCGUCCUCCGGGUCACCACGCCGAGCCCAACCAGGCGAUGGGCUUCUGCUUUUUCAACAACGUGGCAAUCGCCGCCCGCAUCUUGCACACGCGGCUCGGCCUCCAAAGGAUACUCAUAGUGGACUGGGACGUCCAUCACGGUAACGGCACGCAGCAGAUCUUCUACGAGGACCCUCACGUGCUGUAUAUCUCCCUCCACCGACACGACGACGGCAACUUCUUCCCGGGCACGGGUGCGGCCAGCGAGUGCGGCGCCGGGCCCGGGCUGGGGUACACCGUGAACGUGGCCUGGCCCGGGUCACCGCCCCUGGCCGAUGCGGAGUACUUGGCCGCCUUCCGCACCGUCGUGAUGCCCAUCGCCAAGGAGUACGACCCCGAACUGGUGCUCGUGUCGUGCGGCUUCGAUGCGGCCGCCGGCCACCCGGCGCCCAUGGGCGGCUACAACGUCUCGGCGGCCUGCUUCGCUCACAUGACGCGCGAGCUCAUGUCGUUGGCAGGCGGCAAGGUCGUGCUGUCACUGGAGGGCGGCUACGACCUGGCCGCCAUGUGCGACUGUGCACAGGAGUGCGUGCGGGCGCUGUUGGGCGAACGCCUCGCCGCGCCCUCACUGUCCGAGUUGGCCCGAGCCCCCGCGCCCCACGCUCAGGCUGCUCUUCGGACGGCUCUCGCGGCGCAAUCUCCACACUGGCCCGUGUUGAAGCGGUACAGUUCAUUGAUCGGCGUGUCGGCCCUGGAGGCGGGCCCGAGCGCGCUGGCUCGGCGUGGUCGAGCGCACGCUCAGCGGGACGACGACACCGCGGCUGCCAUGGCGACGCUGUCCAUGCAGCACGCGCACCGCUCGCUGGCGCCGCCGCCGCCGCCGCAGACCCAGCCGCUGGCCCUCGACCGGUCGGCGGACAGCUCCCGCUCCGUGUCGGAGGAGCCCAUGGAGCAGGACGAGGUGAAGUGAGCGGCGCCGGGCGGAGCGCCGGGCGUGUUGUAUGUACAUUGCAUUCAAAAGUUUCUUCGAUGUGAUUCAUGAGGAGGCGGCCUCCGAGCCGCGCCAUGCGGCGGAGGCUGUGGCAUCGAGACGAAUCUUGAUUUGAAGCUUUAAUACCUAGUGAACCUGAGAGUGUGCGGAGCGCGUGGUGUCGGACAUGCUGUGAGUAUGACUCCGACGUGUACCGUGGGUGUGAGGGAGUAGCAACAUUCCGUCGCGAGCCUCUUGUGUUGUUGUCUAUGUCUAUACCAAAGACUUCAGAUUUGAGAAAUUAUUGAGUCUAUCGUGAUCGUUAAUUGUAUUCGUUACGGCGCCGUCCUCGAAGCGCGACCCGUGCCCGCGACCCCGCGACCCCGUGACCCCGCGACCCCGCGUUGUUGUCGUUUUAUAGAAAAGUCUAUAAUAGAUAUAUAUAGGUAGGUCUGUUAGCGGAGUCCACUUCAUUACAAAUAUUGUUAUUUUUGUAUAGAGAGAUGUUUUCGAGAUGUCUUCGUAUUUUCCUGUGGUGUCGCGUGCUCCGAGCCCGCGAGUCGCGCCGGGGCGCGUCGGUUGUAUGUUGUCUCGUCUCUUUGUUCCUUGUGGUCGUACUUUUUCUGGAUAAUAUUUAUGAUAGUUAGUUAGGGCGUCGGCCGCAGACCCUCGACCCUCGACCUUGGCCCUCGGGUGUCGGUCGUCGUGUGUAUAUUUUUGUACGGCUGUUCGGGGCGGGGAUGCGAUCCUCGCGCUGCAGAUUUAAACGAUGUUGUAUCUUUGAGAGUUUUAUUGUUAAAUUGGAAUACAGAUGAAAUAGUUAUUUAAUAAAUGUAUAUAUUAUAUAUAUUUGGAAAAA